AUGGAUAAUGAGAAGGUCACUAACCUUGCUUCUUCGGCCCCAUACAAUAAUAAAGGUCAUGUUUAUGGAAAUUUGAAUCUCGACCCUAAUCAUCGAGCCGGUCAUUCUAGCCUAUCACUUAGAAUUGGCCAAGGUUAUGGCAACUUAAAACCUAGCCUUAGUAUUGGAGCUGGUCAUUCGAGCCCACCUCCUAAACAUGGAGCUAGUCAUUCUGUCCCACCUCCUGGAAUGGGCUAUGUUUAUGGAAACUUGAAGUAUGACCCUAGUCGUGGAGCCGGUCAUUUUGGUUCACCUUUUAGAAUGGGCCAUGUUUAUCACAACUUGAGGUCUGUCCCUAGUCCUGGAGCUGGUCAUUCUGGCCCACCUGGAAUGGGCCAUGUUUAUGGCAACUUGAGGUCUGGCCCUAGUCCUGGAGCUGGUCAUUCUGGCCCACCUGGAAUAGGCCAUGUUUACGGCAACUUGAGGUCUGUCCCUAGUCCUGGAGCUGGUCAUUCUGGCCCACCUGGAAUGGGCCAUGUUUACGGCAACUUGAGGUCUGGCCCUAGUCUAAGAGCCGGUCAUUUUGGUCCACCUGAUCCUGCAACGGGCCAUAUAUAUUGA